AUGCCGUUCACCAUCUGUUCCCUUCUACCGUCCGAUUACGUCGAGGCUUUCACGGUAGCCGACCUAGCGUUCGCCUCAUUAAAUACCCUGCUCUACAAUACAUACCCUCUGUCGCCAGAGUCAACUGAGAAACUCACAGCAGCGCGGCUACGGGACAUCGAGGCAAUGCCGAGGGCGAACAUGUUCAAAGCUGUUGACACGGAGACGGGAAAAAUAAUCGGGGUCGCGCGGUGGGUUGUCGCGAAGGAAGAGGAGAUCGUCGACCAGAGUAUUGAAGACACCGUCAGCAACGACAUUAUGCACCGUACAGUCCCCGAAACGAACGAAGCAUCGACUCGGGGGUUUUAUACCAUGGCGGCGCGCGGUAAGUGGGCAAUACUGGGUAUUGAGGAUGAGCGGGCUGAGGUUGUGAGGUUGAAGCGGCGCGUCGAGCUCGAUGCGCUCUUCACGCAUCCUGGAUAUCAGGGAAACGGCGUCGGGAGUGCUCUGCUGCAGUGGGGUCUUAAUGAAGCGGACCGCUUGGGCUUGAUAACAUACCUUGAGGCAACGGAGGAGGGGAGGCCACUGUAUGAGCGGUUCGGGUUUGAGGCUAUCAAGGUAGUGGAGUUUGAUGCCGGUGCAUUUGGAGGUGUAGGGAAGCACCAGUAUACCUACCCUCGCGAGCACUAG